AUCUGAGUAAUAACGUGAUCAGAAAUUAUUUUUAAAGUUUAAGAGAAAAAAUAUAAAAAAGAGAGAAAGAAUGAUGAGAGAAAGAGAAUAUAAGAUAAAAAAAAAAACAAGAGAAAGAAAAGUAUAAAUAAGUGUAUUGAAAUAUAAUGACCAAAGAAAAAUAUUAUUGAAAUUUGAUAAUUAGAUAAAAACAAGUUAUUUUGAAUAAUAAUUUUUUUAUUUUUAAUAAAUACGAAAUUAUAUAUAAACCAAUAUUUGUUAGUUUUCAAAAAAUAAUUUUUCUAUAUAACUACACCAAUUGCAACCAUGAACCUAACGUCACAUAAAAAAAGGUUAUAAUUUCUAUAAAAUUCAUUUAGAAGUAAAGGUUAUAUAUAUAUGAAGCUCACUAUAUAUUAUUUUAAAAUAUUAAAAUAUUAAUACAAUACACAUCUUAACAACAUGACUAGUGAAAUUAAUUAUUAUAUAAAUUAUCAAGUAUAAUAGUCCUAGCUAAUACACAGGGAGAAGCGCCUAACGAUCUCUCUCUCCAAGGCAUUGCCAAUCUAUGUGAUUCACCUUAAUUAAUGUUCAGAUCAUGAAGUAGUACUUAAUUCAUAUAUAUCUUAAUUUCUUCUUCUUCUUCCAAUUAUUAUACCUCGAUCAAAGAGGAGUAUAUAUAUAAUUCAUAUAUUUCUAUAUAGAUAUAAUAUGCCAAAUCAAGUAGUUGAUCAAUCUAUAGAAUCCACGAUGGAGAUGGAAGCUGAAGAAAAUAACUCAACGGCCAUAGUAAAUGAAGAGGAAGAUUUUUCUGCACAAAAGGGACUGAAAGGCAAGAAAAUUUCAUGGCAAAGAUUAAGAAGGAACGACUCUUUGGACAUCGAAUCUCGCAGUGUUGGAGGUCACCAUGCAUAUGCUCAUGCCUCCAAGGGUUGUGAUGAUUGGUCAGUGAUAAUUCAACUAGCAUUCCAAAGCAUUGGAAUAGUUUAUGGUGAUAUAGGUACAUCACCUUUAUAUGUGUACUCAAGCACAUUCACAAAUGGAAUAAAGCAUAACGAUGACAUCUUGGGGGUUCUUUCUUUGAUCUUCUAUACUAUCACUUUGAUUCCUUUGAUCAAGUAUGUCUUCAUUGUUUUACAAGCCAAUGACAAUGGUGACGGAGGGACAUUUGCAUUGUACUCGCUUAUUUGCCGAUAUGCAAAAGUGGGAUUAACACCAAGUGAACAAGCUGAGGAUAGAGAUGUUUCAAAUUUCCAGCUUGAGUUGCCUAGUAAUAAACUAAAGAUGGCAUCAAAACUCAAGUCUAAGCUUGAGAACUCCAAAUCCACAAAGUAUUUCCUUUUAUUCGCUACUAUGCUCGGCACUUCAAUGGUUAUUGGCGACGGAGUCCUCACACCUUGCAUCUCAGUUCUGUCGGCUGUUGGAGGUAUCAAGGAUGCUACAUCUAACAUGAACCAAGAUAUGAUUGUUUGGAUCUCAGUAGGCAUUUUGAUAUGCCUUUUCAUGGUGCAAAGAUUUGGAACAGACAAAGUUGGGUAUAGUUUUGCUCCCAUAAUUUGUUUAUGGUUUGCACUCAUCUCCAGCAUUGGUCUCUACAAUUUUGUCAAAUUUGAUCCUUCAGUGGUCAAAGCCAUAAAUCCCAAAUACAUAGUCGAUUAUUUUCGUAGAAACAACAAGGACGCCUGGAUUUCUCUUGGUGGCAUUGUUCUAGCCAUUACAGGAACGGAGGCGUUGUUCGCGGACGUGGGGCACUUCACGGUAAAGUCCAUUCAAAUAAGCAUGUGCUCAAUAACGUACCCGGCUCUAAUAAUGGCCUACGCUGGACAAGCCUCGUUUCUUCGUAAGCACAAUGAUGUUGUGAGUGAUACUUUCUAUAAAUCUAUUCCGAAGCCACUGUAUUGGCCAAUGUUUGUGGUGGCCGUAUGUGCAGCCAUCAUAGCCAGUCAAGCCAUGAUUUCAGGGACUUUCUCCAUAAUCCAACAAUCACUUUCCUUGGGUUGUUUCCCACGUGUUAAGAUCGUUCAUACUUCCACUAAGUACGUUGGUCAAGUUUUUGUUCCUGAGGCCAACUAUCUCCUUAUGCUCGCUUGUGUUGCUGUUACUAUAAGUUUCAGAACCACUACCAAGAUUGGAAAUGCCUACGGGAUUGCUGUGGUGUUUGUGAUGACACUCACAUCCUCCUUCCUUGUCCUAAUAAUGGUAAUGAUAUGGAAGACCAACAUUUUCUUGGUGAUCACAUACAUUGUGGUGAUUGGCUCAGUCGAAUUUCUUUACCUAAGCUCAGUCCUUUACAAGUUCAACCAAGGAGGAUAUCUUCCUCUGGCUUUCGCAGGGCUAUUAAUGGCUGUCAUGUUUGUUUGGAACGACGUGUACAGAAGAAAAUACUAUUACGAACUCGACCACAAACUUUCCCCUGAAAAAGUCAAGGAAAUUACUAACGAAACCAACUUUCAUCGAUUACCAGGACUUGCAAUGUUUUACUCAGAACUUGUUCAAGGAAUUCCUCCCAUUUUUAAGCACUAUGCAGAGAACAUCCCUGCAUUGCACUCUGUCCUCGUUUUUGUCUCAAUAAAAUCAUUACCAAUUAGUAAGGUUCCACAUGAAGAACGAUUCUUGUUUCGAAGAAUAGAGCCCAAGAAUCUCUUCGUGUUUCGAUGCGUUGCGAGGUACGGCUACACAGAUGUUCGUAAUGAACAUGAACCGUUCGAGACUAUGUUGGUUGAUAAAUUGAAAGAGUUUGUCGAAAAUGAAUUUUGGUUGUUUCAUAUUAAAACCAACAGUAAUAAAGAUCAUAAUAGUGAAAGGUUAGAAAGAUUGGAUAUUGUUGGUGAUGAUGAUGAAGGUGAUCAACAUGAGAAAUUGGACAGAGAAAUUGAGGCAAUUGACAAGGCGUGGCGCGCUGGCGUAGUGCACUUAAUGGGUGAGAAUGAAGUGGUGGCGUGUAAAGGAUCUGGGAUAGGUAAGAGGGUACUCAUUGAUUAUGCUUAUAAUUUCUUGAAGAAGAAUUUGAGGCAGACUGACAAACUAUUUGAUGUUCCUCACAAACGAAUGCUUAAAGUGGGGAUGACUUAUGAACUUUGAAUCAAUGUAUUGUCUCUUACAUUUCAAAAAGGGGAAAAUGGACUUCAAUGUUGUGUAGAGUGAGAUUCUAUAUAAAUAAAUAAUAAUGGUUUUUGUAGGGGUUAAGAUUUAUGUAUGUGUACCUAUGAAUAAAAAAUAAUGAUGAUGAUGAUGCUAUUGUUUUUUGUUAAGCUUUAAAUUGUAAUUUUAUAAGCAUAAAUAUAUGAUUAAAAUUGAUUUUUUA